CUGCAGUCUGGGUUGGAACGAGUUGUCGGACGGUUGUUGGUUGUGGUUGGUUUUUAUGAAAAAUCAUAAGAAGAGUGAACAUUAGAAAAUUGUUUGUUACGUUUCAUAAAACAGGAUGGCGAACAACAUCGAGUUCGACACCGAGGACAAGUUGAAAUACACAUUUUACCCCGUCACGAAUGGUGUGGUGAACUUCAGAGUCCGGGCUUCGAAUGAUGCCCAUUUGGCGUUGACCAGUGGGCCGGUCGAGUCAAACCCAAUGCUGGAGGUGUUUAUCGGUGGCUGGAAAAACACCAAAUCUGUCAUUCGAAAAAAUCGCGCCAAACCGGAUGUGUCGGAGGCGUACAUUCCGGGCAUUCUGAGUGUUGGCGAGUAUCGUGGGUUCUGGAUUAAGUGGAACGAUGAUGUAAUAACCGUUGGAAUGGAGGGUGCUAGCGCAGCAUUUUUAUCGUACAAAAACCCCGAACCAUUUCCAAUUAAUUUCGUUGGUGUUUGCACCAGUUAUGGAUCAUCUGGGUCGUGGAUCAUCCAACAGAACGAACCGGCACCAUCUGCCUCAAUUGCUCAAGUCUCGGAUGCUGUUGCUUGCUUUUUACCCACGGCAGGAGAGGGAAGAGAGGGUUUCUAA